AUGCCGCCUGAAGAGAGCACUUUGACGAUUGAUGUCUUGCCUCCGGGCACGCAGCGCAUCAAUGACUUGCAAGCUACUCAUAUCGUGCUGGCUCCUCGGCCAACUUCAGAUCCCAAUCAGCCUCUGAACUGGAGUACAAUGCGCAAAACUCUCCAUAUGGUCCUUCUUUCUCUUUACUCAAUGAUGAUGUUUUGCAUUCCCUGCAUGAGCGUCCCAUUCUGGCAGAACUUCAACGAAGAGCUCGGCAUGAGCUACGACAUGCUGAACAAUGGAUAUGCAGCAAAUAUGGCAGGUCUUGCCACCGGUUGCAUCAUCUUCAUCCCUAUCGCCCUGCGCAUCGGCCGUCGACCGGUUUAUCUCGUUACGUCGUUGAUCAUGUUUGGUGCUGGGGCGUGGCAAGCCGAGACGCACACUGUCGGGGAUAUGAUUGGUAUGAAUACUAUCGCAGGCAUCGCUGGAGCUGUCAAUGAGGCUCUGUUUCAAGUCACGGUAACAGAACUUUUCUUCGUCCAUCAACGUGGUACAAUGAAUGGUAUCUACUUUGGGAUGGUUCUAGUUGGGAACUACCUUGGACCUGUCUACGGUGGCCAAGUUGCUGUGACAAUGGGUUGGCGAUGGGCAUGUUGGUCCGCCACCGUCUUCACCGGCAUCGUCACCGUCCUCAUGUUCUUCUUCCUUGAAGAAACAAAGUACAUCCCCGCACCGCUCAACGGCCACGACCCUCGAGCUACCUCAUCUUCGCCUACCGAUAACGAGUUUUCCAAGGUUAACAGCACCGCAAAGGCACCCCUACCGAACGAUACACCAGCUAGCGUCAACUCUAUGGACCAGCAGAGUGAUGCCGUUGAGAUAGAUCACAGCAUUCCCAUGAACUCUUACUGGAAGCGCCAUGCACUUUUGACAUUGGAUAAGCACGAGUCCACUCAGAAGCGAACGUUCUGGAGAGACAUAUACGAGCCUUUCCAACUCCUUGCCACAUUCCCAGCCGUUAUGUUCGCCGCGUUACAGUAUGGUUGGAGCAUUGCCAUGCUCGCCAUUCUAGCAGUAACACAAAGUUCACUGUACUCCAUUCCGCCGUAUAAUUUCACAACCGCUGGUGUUGGAAACAUGAAUCUCCCUCCCUUCAUCGGUGCCAUCUUGGGAGCUCUAUUUGGAGGGCCACUCGUGGAUUGGUCGAUUGUGCAGAUUGCGAAACGCCGUGGAGGUAUUUAUGAGCCCGAGACAAGAUUGUGGCUAUUCCUGGUUCCUGGAUUAUGCAUGACGAUCGGAUGUCUCAUGUAUGGGCUCACUAUUGCCAAGGGAAUGCCAUGGAUCAUCAACGCUGUAGGCUCAGGCUUCAUUGGUUUCGCCAUUGGAGGUGGUGGAGACAUGUCCCUCACAUUCCUACAAGAUUCUCACGAGCAUAUCAUCGGACCUGCUCUGACAGGCGUUGUUUUUGUUCGUAAUGUCAUUGCAACGGGCCUAGUCUUUGCUGUCACACCGUGGAUGGAAGGUAUGGGCGUGUACAACAUGUACGUAGUCUUGGGCUGUAUCUCUACUGCCAUCGCUUUGACUUGUGUGCCCAUGGUGAUCUGGGGUCGCAUGUUCCGGGUUCGGUUAGCGGGCAAGUAUGAGUACUUCACCAACAGGCAGUAUUAG